UGCAGACAGUUGGCGACUUCUGCGCACUGUGCGCUUCAGUAUACUAUGACCCCGCUCUGUCAUUUUAUGUGGCCUACCACUUCAUGGUUGAGUUGCUGUUAUUCCCAGUUGCUUCCACUUUGUUAUAAUACCACUAACAGUUGACCAUGGAGUAUUUAAUAGUAAGUAAAUUUCAUGGACUUAUUGCACAGGUGGUGACCUAUCACAGUAUCACACUUGAAUUCACUGAGCUCUGUGUGACCCAUUUUUUCACAAAUGUUUGUAGAAGCAGUCUACAUUCCUGGGUGCUUGAUAUUAUACACCUGUGGCCAUGGAGGUGAUUGGAACACCUGAAUCCAAUGAUUUGAAGGGGUGUCCCAAUACUUUUGGCAAUAUAGUGUAUGUUAUAUUGCUGUUUUAGUUGACUUACUCUGCCAUUUUCA